CACAACCAUUUAUUUAAUUUAUCCGUCCAAGUGGCCUAUUUAUCAUAAUUUAUUUUGCCAGGUAUUUACAGGUAUUUUUUUUUGUAUUUAUCAAGACACAGAGAAAGCAAACCAACAGGGAAAGCUACUAUUUGGCCAACAUGUCCAGUGUCCUUUGUGUAAACAUCCGCAAACAUCAGCCUGCCAGUAAAGUCUCAUCGAAAUGAGUCACAUUUUAGUUGCGCAAAAGGAGAAGAGACGCCGAGCAACCCAACCCAAACACAAACAUGGCCAAACAAGUGGUAACAACAGUAUGUUUUGUUCUUUUUCAUUGCAUUAUAAGUUACUGGGCGUUUAUGUCCUCUUGUAGCAUCCACUCAUCAACCAAAAUCAUAAUUCCAGACAUCGCCAGGUAUUUUGGCACCAAAGGUCGCUAUGAAGAGGUCAACGCAUACUUAAUCGACGAUAUUUUGGCCAUAAACAACUCCCUUGUGACGCUGCCUUCCUCGAAAUGCAGCGAAAUUCAUUUGACAGUUAUAAUCCGGCACGGGACGAGGUACCCGACCAUUAAAAACAUUCAGAAGAUGCGCGAAUUUCAUGAUCUCGUCGUGCGUGAAGCGACCGGCAACUUGAACUGUCUGUCAGAGAUAAAGUCGCAGUGGAAGAUGUGGUACACGGAUGAUAUGGACGGGCGACUGGUGGACCAGGGCCGUGAGGAUCACAGGCACCUGGCGCAGAGACUCAUCAAAUGGUUCCCUUCUUUGCUGACCGAGGAAAAUGUGCGUCAAGGACGCGUGAAACUGAUCACCAGCUCCAAGCACAGGUGUGUGAACAGUACCAUCGCUUUCAGAGAGGGACUAAUGAAAGGACUCCGCUCAGAAGCCAAGUUGGAACUUGCUGUGAACGACGCUUUGAUGCGUUACUUUGACCAGUGUGAACGGUUUGUGAAAGAAGUGGAGAUCAACAAGAGUGCCUUGGAGGAAGUAAAACGUUUUCAUGAAGGCCCGGAGAUGAAAAGAGUAAUGGAGAAAAUGGCUGACAGGCUGGAGGUCCCUUACGCCAGCAUCACCGAUGAUUCAGUGGAAGCAGGUUUCUUCUUGUGUGCAUAUGAGUUUGCUAUCCAGAAGCUGAACUCACCCUGGUGCCAGUUGUUUGACGAGGUAGAUGCACAGGUAAUGGAAUAUGCUGGUGACCUGAAACAGUACUGGAAGCGAAGCUAUGGGCAUGAAAUCAACAGCAAGUCAAGCUGCAUCCUCUUCCAUGAUCUUUUUCAUCGUCUUGACCAAGUUGUAGCCGAGAUCACUAAGAACUCAGAUGCUAUUGUAUCGGAGGCUGUGACCGUGCAGGUGGGCCAUGCUGAGACGCUGUUACCCCUUCUCACCCUGCUGGAUCUGUUUAAGGAUGACAUCCCUCUCAGCUCAACUAACUUUGCAACCCAGCACAACAGAAUAUUUCGAAGUGGGAAUAUUGUGCCGUACGCUGCCAACCUGCUGGUAGUGCUGUAUAAAUGCCCAGAGGGGAUUAGGAUGGGUGUGCGACUCAAUGAGAAAUCUUUGACAUUGCCUGGACUCACUGACCCCGUCCCAAUGUAUGAAGAUGUGAAGAAACGCUACAGUGCUCUGCUGCAGGGUUGUGACCAAGAGACUGUGUGUAAAAUUAACAGUUAAAAAGCAUAAAAGUGUAACACAUCACAAAGGCCAGCAGACUGCUGACAUUAUCAUAGAAGCAACAACCAGCACAUUUUUUUUUGAAAUGUUAUACAACAUUUCACUGUUGAUAGAAUAGUAAAUGAAAGCUAAAGAUUUUAGAUAUUAAUUUUAUAUAAAUAUAACCACAUUUAACCCCACAGUAUUACUUGCAAAUGUAAUUGACCAGUAAAGAGAGCUAAAAUUAGAUGGUCCAACCAUCUAAUGAAGAAACCACAUUUGACAUUUCACAUGCUAAGUAUUUACAGAGUCAUUUGGAAAGGUCUUUAGUUUUUAUUUUUUUUAUUAUACAAUGAACCAGCGAUUGUACUUGGUUUACAUGACUGAAUUGUAUAUUGCGGGUUUUGGUAGAGAGUCCAGAGGACUUUGUUGCUUGCUUAUACAGUAUUUCUGUUAAAACUUUAGUAUAUAUAAUCUAUUCAGACCAAAGAUUACUUUAAAUACCCAGUAUAUAAUAUCUAAUCUAAUUUGAUCUGAGUUCGAUUUUAAUUUUUUUAUAUAAAAAUAUGAUAUAUAUAUAUAUAUAUAUAUA